GGCUCAUUCGACGUCAACGCAAAUAUUUUGAAAGAAACUAGGACAUCCCCCGUUGCAAUCAUGAACGCGAUUCAGAAAAAUAAAUCAAGAUUCUCAGAACUUUUUAUGCUACUACAAUGAGAGCACGACAGCAGAGAGGCCCCAGAGAAUCAUCUUAAUGCCACAGUUUGCCGCCUAUUGUUGACCAGUCCAGUUACAGUUUCGAAAGUUGGUAUCUCCUACAAACCUGAUCAACCCUGAAUAGCUUCACGAGCGAAAGGUAUCGAGAAGACCUCCUGGCACGCUUACGUCAAAAACAGAAUUAAAUUGAAGCAGUCCUGUUUUGCUUUAGGAAUAGGUGCCUUGACUAUGUUCUGAGUCACGCUGACUACACCGGCGCACGAGCACGCACACGAUGAAUACGCGUUUUGAAGUUAAGUGUCUGAUUCGACGAUAAAGUCGAUAAUAACGAUAAGUUGCCGCUAAUUUGGUGCGAAAGUGUCGUAACAUUGCCACCUGAUCGAGAAUUCCUGCAAUCGAAAUUUGAGAGUGGAUAUACCAAAACAGUUCUGGUCGGUCAGAAAUCCGGACUUAUCCAUUGAAGAUCAAUCACCAACUGAUGUGAGACAAUAAUAGGGAUCGCAGUUGAUAAAUAGCAGGGAACCCGCAAGGAGAGAAGUGCACUGCUCUUAAACGAAUCGAAAACUAAUGUAAGAAGAUGCCUUCGCAGGGUGCUGUUCUAUUCUGAUCAUGUAUGUUCUUGAGGAUGUCACGUUUGAGAUGGAAAAGCAAUAUUUUUAUGGUGCAAGAACGAUAGUCUAGACUUGUGUGGUUUGGAUCAAAAACACACAUAGAGCUGUGGAUGGCCAUCGUUCGAAUAAUUACUCCAAAGUCAACUUAGUUACUGUAUCUACGGACUUUUAUCAAUAAAUCUGAAAACAAUUUAUCGGAAGCAUUUCUUCAAAUCAAUGCUGCUACUUUGGAUGAAGAAAGGAAGUUAAAGUGGCCAGCAUUCAUAAAUUUUCGUGGCAGUACAUAUGACGGGUUGAGAGAUGAUGAGUUUAGCGUUCUCUUUCAAACAACACGACUUCAACACUUUAGAAUAUCGUAUUGGAUGUACUGCUCUAGAUGUAAUUUCAACAGCACAGUGCAACGGAGCGAUUUGCGAACGAAAUGAUUCUGAGGCUGCCGGCAUGUAAUCGAUGUUUUGCGUAUACUCUGCUCUUUGCCACGUUUGUAUUUAACCAAUUCUGUGAAUCGAAGAAAUUUAAGUCGACGCGCAAAGCAAAAGAGCAAUUUGAAUUCAUCUCCGACUUUUAUCAGCGAAUGAAAUUCAACCCCAGCCAUUUUGCAAGUGUACCUAACUACAAAGUCAGACUUUACUCAAAAGCAAGCGAAUCUCAUAUAAGAAUUCUAAGUAGACGCCACAUCGACAGCUUGGGCAAAAUGGGCAAGGACUCAAUUCUGAUUAUUGAGACGUUGGCUUUUGGAGUCAUCAGGAUUCGCGGCGAGCAAAGUGGCCUUUAUCUCUGCAUGAACAAGAGAGGACAUUUAGUGGGCCGGAAACACCUGAAGUUUUCGAGAUGUGAUUUCAUGGUGGAAGAUGACCACCCUAAGGCAUACAAAAGAUAUGUCUCGCUUGCUUUUAAAAAUAACAGCAUUGCUUUCAACAAAAAUGGAAGGCCUAGGACAGCCAAGCGGGUACCGAACCGAGAACACCGGUCGGUUUUGUUUUUGGAGAGAAGACUUUAUACUAAGACAACCGGUUUUCCUAUGAGAUCACGAAGGCAUGGCCAAAGGACUGGACAAGAUCCUUGCAAUGAGCAAAAUAAAUUACUGCUGUCAAGAGACUGGCUGGAAUUUUGGAGGAAUUAUUGUACUAAGCGAAAACAGAGAUCUUUUUUAAAUCGAAAAGUGUCAGGCAGAUAGCAGAAUAAAAGGCCAUAGAAGUGGGUUACCGCAGGAGAAGCAACUAGAAUAUGUGGCGGUUCCAACAUCCAGUAUGCGUGCUUUCCAAUAUGGAUUGCGCUAGUGACGACAGAACAAGUUUUAUCAGUUCUCUUGGAGAAAGAAUUUACACGUGGAAAAAGAACGCAUGGAGAGCACCGAAUCUACGAAACGCGUAAACAUUCAGCAAAAUCAUGCCUACUAUACUGCUGAGCCUUAUCUUUAUUAUUUGUGAAAUAUGGCGCAAUAGAUAUGUGUAUUUACGUAUGCUCCCCUGACAUAUCAUGUAAAUACAAAAGAACAUGUAGCAAAGAUGUAACCAAUGGAAGUAUUGAGACAUCUCACCGUGCUUGUCAUUUACUCAACAAAGUAUUCGGCACUUUGUUUAAAGCUACCCGUCAACAUCGAUUCUGUUGUAACCGAUUGCUUGCGUUGCUCCUUGACAAUACUCUGCCUGCUCAGCAGUAAGCUUUUCUUGGCUAUUCGUUUUGUUGCUGCCUCGUUCGCAAGUCACAGGCUCUUGAAUCUCGUUCUGGUGAGUAGAUUACUGUAUGACAUAGAUUGAUGUAGAUGCUGACUCAUCACCAGUUUGUGCCACCCCUCACCCCACAAUUACCCUUGCGAAAGUUGCUCAACUUCUGUCAACAUUGAUUGCGCCUAAAUGGAUAAAAGAAAACUGGACCUGUUUAUUUUAGUAUUAGAAAGGUGUACACCUUAUUUUGUCAACUAAAUAUUUUGACGUAUGGUUGGUUUCAUUAAAAAUAGCGUUUACCGAUUUCUGAAUUGGACGCGUGUGGUACUGAUGUAAAUGCUAAUGACGAGAACAGUUCCAAAGUUAUGUAAUGCAUUGUUAAUUCUGCUUUAUUGAGAAAAAAUCUAUACUCGAAUUCACGGAGCUAUUGCGCAAACGUUGCUAAAUUCUGUUUGAAACAUCAGGACACGUGAAUCAAUGUGAAAUUGCUAUUCUUAGUUUUCUUUGUCCCCGUGUGUCGUGACAAAAUCAUUGAUUCAAAUUUAUCACGAGGAAAUGGUUGUCUAACCGGGCCAAGCAUACUUUGUGUAAGAGAAACGCGUCGGCUUGAGCCUGUUUGCUUUGUAUCAUCCAGGAUUAUUUUGCCUCCCGAAAUGUAAAUCCUUUGAUCGGUAAAAUCAACCUUCCAAACAUUUUCAAAUGCAGAAAUUCGAGACGCCCGCUGCAAAGCAGUAAUGAUAUUCUGUUCAUCGGUGCCUUUGAGCCAAUACAUACUGGUUUUAUUUCAAAUUUAGCUAAUCUAAAAUUUCUACAAAGUUAAUUCCUCAGCAAUUCAGAAGUGUAAACUGAAAUGUGGAUCUGUCUUUGAUUUGACUCGUUUUCCACCAAACUAUGCGGCAAAUUUCCUGAUCAGCCAUUUAAACUCAGAGAACAAAGUUUUAUCUCGUAUGGAGCCAGAAGACUCGAUUUGACCCUCAAUGCAACAUACGUGAUUAACAUCUCUCUAACAUGGCUGCAGGCAGGUUCUCAGGUCGAUAAAGUCACCUUAAAUGGCGCCGAUGUUCUCAUCUCGCUGUUAGUCUUGAACUUUAAUUAUAUUCCUCCAUUAAGAAGAAAAGCACUGUAGAUCAACCGUUUAAGCUUACUGGUAUCUUUUGUAUCUGCAGCAUUUCCAGGUAGAAAGAGCCUUUGUUUCUCGUGACCUAAACAGCGUUGUAAAAGCUGUUAAAGAAAUCUGGCGAUCACCAAUAGUGGUAACCAAUACGAGGCUUAACGGCCCACAGUUAGGUUCGAAUUAGUUCCAGCUGUCAUUGUUAAUCGAUGUUUCUGUAGAUGUCAAGUCUUCUUAACUUAGUGCAUGGUUAAUGCGCCUUCCCGGAACAACGCAGCGUCCUAGGUGAAUACAAUGCUACAAGAUUGCUUAAAUGAAAACUGUCAAAAGGCUAAAGUUCAUUGUCUGCUUAGCUUUAACCUACUAUUUAUUCCAUUUCCAGAUUUAUGUCCUGGUUUUGAAAUGAAUUUUCCGUACAAUUUGUAAAUGAAAUCGCUUUGGAGUCAUGGCGGAAGAAUUUUUGUUAUUAGCACCAUGCUUAAUUAGCCUCCUUUUGACAACCCACAGCUUAUCUCGUAAGCACAAUUAAGUAAGCACAAUUAAUUCAUUGGCCCCCCUUUCCUUGGUCAUGUUAUUUGAAAUCGUUCCAGUUCUGCUUCAGACGUCUCCCGGUUCAUCGAACUAUAACUCCGCAGUCCGUCCCUGGUCUGUGUUAUUGCUGUUUAGUAUCAAUCCUUAUUUAGAUCCUGUCUCGUUUGUUGUGCCUUUGUGUUACAAUUUUCGCAGAUUUAUCUUCCUCACUCCUUUUUGUAUUGUAUUAACCUUGUAUCUUACUUACAUCUUUCUGUGUAACAAUUCCUUUAUUUCAUAUGCUAUGAUUUCCACAUUUAACGCUGCAUCUUAAGCAGGCUUGAACAUUAAGCAAAACCUGUGCUCACUUAUCGUUUACUUGCACAGGAGAGAACCAUUUUUCCCCUAAAGCAUCUUCAAGCAGCUAAUUCAUAUACUUUGUAAAUGUCUAGACUAAAUGUCCUGUCAAUUACGCUCGUUUACUUUUCCUGAGAUGCAACUUUCGGAAAAUAUAUAUUUAAGGGCCAAGUAUUUAAUGGUUAAAAUGCCUUUAAAUUUCAUUUCAUUGUAAUUGAAAAUAUAUUCCAGUUAUUAAAGUUCUGAGACGUUGAUAUAGUUAAAUUUGUCUGUUCUUUUGUUGCCUCUUUCCAUUUUGGAAGUUCAUUGUUUAUAUUUUUACAAUCAAACUGAUUUUCGUAAUAAAUAUAAGGAAUUUCCCGAAGAAGUUGAAUGAUAAAACAGCCACUCACGAUGAAGGCAUAGCAAAUGGCUCUUACAAUCAGGGCCGGUUACAUGGGGGGGGGGCGUAACAACCCCCAAGAAUAGACAUUUGUGUUUUAGUAGGUUAAAUUGGGAUUUCAAGAAGGGUAGAUAGCGUUUUUCAAAUUUUCAGACAAAAAAUUGUACUUCAUGUAAUUUUUAAAUACAUUCAAAGAUAUUAAAAAGUUCUGCAGUUAAGUUUUUCCGUUGAUCCAGAAGAGGAUUUUCGGAACAUCACAGAAGAAAAUUAAUCCCAAGAAAUUUGACAAAAACAGAGACAAUCUUAGUUUGGGAGAUGCAUUUUUAGCCAUCCUAGAAGGCUUAAUUUCAAAAAAUUUAUUUCGCAUCGGACCCAGCCAUGGUGGGUCCUCCCUCCUAUGUCACUAAACUUGAUUCUUAGUCCCCCAGGUUCAAUUUUGUGGCCCCCGUCUCUGAAACUGCGAAACACAAUGCUCUAGGAUCGUCUACAAUCCCUUACACUAAUUUCAUGCGAGAAGUGCUUUUAACAGUACUGCUGAACACGAGAAGUGCUGUAUAACCCUUUAUGGAAUGAUAAACUAGGGAUGUGCUACUUUAGACUAAAAUGAACAAAUACAAGUAAUCGCGACCUACGUAAAUGAUCAGAAAUGCUGACACUGCACUAUCACAGCAUCUAUCGACCCUUUUUUAAAUUUUGUCUGAAAAUGCUUUAACUGGCCUUAUAUCCAAAUACAUUAGCAACAUCACAUUGAAACGGGAAUUUCUCAAAACAAACAAGUUAAAUCAUUACAGUACAAGAGUAUUCUCUCCAUCUUGGCUUUUACUCAACACUCAACAAUAUCUAAAAAUCGAUGCUGAAAUUUAUGUCUCGUUUUUAAGGGCAAUUAUGUGCUAAUUUGGUACUAACAUCUCUUCCUUUUCUUUUACACUCUAAUUUUCUUCCA